AUGGUUCAGCUCCAGCUAGUGAAUGGCUCCAAAAAGUGCUCCGGACAGGUGGAGGUUUGGUACCGCAAUGAGUGGGGAACGGUGUGUGAUGACAGCUGGGACAUGAGAGAUGCCUCUGUGGUGUGUUGGCCCAGGGACUGCAGUGAGGUCUCCGCUGGCAGCCCCAGUGGCAUCUACGUCAUCCAGCCCACAGGGCUGCACCCCAUUGUGGUGUACUGCAAAAUGAAUGUGACGGACAGGGGCUGGACGGUCAUCCAGAGGAACUGGCAGAGCACAGAGAUCACCUGGGCUGAGUGCUGGAGCACCUAUAAGUACGGCUUUGGGAACCUGCACACCGAGUACUGGCUGGGCACUGAGUACAUCCAUCAGAUCUCCAAGCAGAAGAUCUACCAGGUCAGGUUUGUCAUCUGGGAUGCUGCAAACAACACCAAGUUUGCAGACUACAACCUCUUCAGCCUGGAAGAUGAGUCCCAUGGCUGCUGGCUGAGGCUGGGAACAUACUCUGGGUUGGCAGGGGACGCCAUGACCACAAACAGUGCUUCCACUGUGCAUGACAACAUGAAGUUCUCCACUAAAGAUCUGGAUCAGGACACUUACAGUGGGAACUGUGCCUCCAGCUACGGUGCCUGGUGGUACUCGGCGUGUUAUUCUGUAGGCCUGAAUGUCAAGGGGGCCAUAACCUGGGGCAGCCUGUGUAAUGGGAACUGCAAAGCUUCUGCCAUCCUCAUCAAACCAGCUUCCUACUGCUAG